AUGGCGAAUAAUGCGUCCAUUCCAGAUCCCGAAACAAUACGAGUGGCUUUGGAAGAAGCCAGGAAUAGCGAAGAUGGCAGUAUCGACCCCAGAAUGACCUCCAUUCUUGAAACCGCUAUUGGCGAAGUCUGGCGCAAGGUUCAGGCGGAUCCUGACACAUAUAUCUUGACCCGUGACGAAUUUGCACUCUUCAACUACUUCCUCGACCGAUUUCGUGGCCCAGUUGCCCAGCGAGCUGUGGAGCGAUAUUGGAACAACUGCAACAGACACCCUUCCGAGAACUAUAACAUCCGCAAACAACCGUCCAGAACCUGCAACACUACACUACGCUUCAACCAACUUACGGCUCCGGAAUCAUGUAGUUCAAAAGCCGCCCUUCUCUAUCCAACUUGGUCUUGCCUCUUGUUGUCCACACUGGUUUCACGAUUCCGCGACGCCUUAGAAUUUUUUCAAACGAUUCCACCCAGCUAG